AAGAGCGUCGCACCAUGUCAGUCGGAGCUGAGGACCCCGAAGGGGAAGAGGGCGGGAGGCGUGUACCGUCGAUUGGGACACGUUCGCUCACAUCGGGAUUCGGGGGGAAGGAGAAGAAGAGUGGCACCAAGGCCCGAGGUAAGAAGAGGCCAAAGGAGGGCAACACUUCCCGAAAGGGGAAGGAGAAGGUGGUCGAUGAGGAGGAGGAGGAGGAGGAGGAGGAGGAGGAGGAGGAGGAGGAGGAGGAGGAGGAGGAGGAGGAGGAGGAGGAGGAGGAGGAGGAGGAGGAGGAGGAGGAGGAGGAGGAGGAGGAGGAGGAGGAGGAGGAGGAGGAGGAGGAGGAGGAGGAGGGGGAGGCAGCAGAGGGCGAUGGCGGUAGCAGUGGACCCAACGAGCCUGUCAAGAGGGCCAAGGAGGGAUCCCCAUGGGACUGCAGUGACGGCGAGAGUGGGAGGAGGACGAGGAGGGGAGGAGCAGGGCUAGGCGGAGAGGGACUAGGAGGAUGAGGCUGAGCAGCAGGAGGACAGGGAGGA